AUGAAUACAUGUGACCAUGGAUUGACCGCGCCUUCCCUCCCGCCUCCCUUCCCGUCUCGCCCACGUCUCACCCUACUUAUUCUCCCCCCACUCCCUCUUUUCCCUCCCUCCAAUAAUCGGCGCCCUUCCCCCCCUUCCCUGCUUUCGCCCAUCCCGUGCCCUGCUUCCCCCCAUCCUCUUCAUUCUUUCCCUUAUCCCCAGCCCUGCUUCCCCCCAUCCCCUUCCCUGCUUCCCCCCAUCCCCUUCCCUGCUUCCCCCCAUCCCCUUCCCUGCUUCCCUCCAUCCACUUCCCUGCUUCCCCCCAUCCCCUUCCCUGCUUCACCCCAUCCCCUUCCCUGCUUCCCCCCAUCCCGUGCCCUGCUUCCCCCCAUCCCCUUCCCUGCGUCCCUCCGAAGUCUCACUCUUUCCCCUUAUCCCAAGCCCUGCUUCCCCCCAUCCGCAUUUCUGCCUCUUUCCCGCCUCCCCGUCCGUGCUUUCCCAUGUCCCCUUCCCUGCUUCCCCCCAUCCCCCUCCCUGCUUCCCCACAUCCCCUGCCCUGCAUCCCCCCAUCCCCUGCCCUGCUUCCCCCCAUCUCAUUCCAUGCUUCCCCCCAUCCCCCUCACUGCUUCCCCCCAUCCCCCUCCCUGCUUCCCCCCAUCCCGUGCCCUGCUCCAACCCAUCCCCUUCCCUGCUGCUCCAAUGUCCCCUUCCCUGCUUCCCCAUGUCCCCUUCCCUGCUUCCCCAUGUCCCCUUCCCUGCUUCCCAAUAUCCCCUUCCCUGCUUCCCCAUGUCCCAUUCCCUGCUUCCCAAUAUCCCCUUCCCUGCUUCCCCAUGUCCCAUUCCCUGCUUCCCAAUAUCCCCUUCCCUGCUUCCCCAUGUCCCCUUCCCUGCUUCCCAAUAUCCCCUUCCCUGCUUCCCUCUGUCCCCUUCCCUGCUUCCCUCUGUCCCCUUCCCCCUUUCCCAAUGUCCCCUUCUCUGCUACCCCAUGUCCCCUUCCCCCCUUCCCAUGUGUGGGUGUCUACGUGUUCCAUUCAGGCCAAUGCACUCCCCCCACCUCCUUCUAUCUGCAUCCCCUCACAUCGCCCUCCCCAUCCCCCUCCCCGCCACCAGGCGCGCGCCCUGCUAGCAUGCCAUCGGGAGGGGCAUAUCCGUGGCACCUCUGUGGCGCGCACAUCGCCCUGUGAUGCUGGCUACUACACCGCACAUCACCGUCAGCUGCUAUCCAUUGAUGGUGGGUGGGUGGGUGGGUGGUGUGCAUGUCUAUGCCCACUCUUGUCCAUGUGCAUGCUUUUCCAUGUGCCUGCUUGUUUGCUUAAUCUCACUGCCAUGCUUGCCCUCAUUGCCAUGCUUGCCCUCACUGCCAUGCUUGCCCUCACUGCCAUGCUUGCCCUCACUGCCAUGCUUGCCCUCACUGCCAUGCUUGCCCUCACUGCCAUGCUUGCCCUCACUGCCAUGCUUGCCCUCACUGCCAUGCUUGCCCUCACUGUGCCCUCACUGCCAUGCUUGCCCUCACUGCCAUGCUUGCCCUCACUGCCAUGCUUGCCCUCACUGCCAUGCUUGCCCUCACUGCCAUGCUUGCCCUCAUUGCCAUGCUUGCCCUCACUGCCAUGCUUGCACCUUGCACCUCAUAUUGCAGCAGCAUCUCCUCCCAUGGCAGGUGCUGAGUUGGAGGGGAUGCAGGCGAAGACGGAGGUGGAGGUGUACCUGCUGCUGCUGGACGACCAGCUCGACGCCCUCGAGAGUUCCCCGAGCUGCUCACCGCCAUGCGCACUGCGCUGGGCUGCCGCUGGCACCCGACGAGUACCUGGCGCGGCGGUGCAUCAUCCCAUCGCCCCGGAGCUUCUAGGGGCUAAACAGGGGCAGGAGCAACGCGCGCCCCACGGCGGACAGCAGCAGCAACAAGACGCUGUCCACCUGCGCCUCACGUUUCCCCCACUCUCUUGUACCUCUCACAUCCACCUCACGUUUCCCCUCCUCUCUUCUUUCAUUCGCAUGCGCCUCACGUUUGAUCUCCGAGUUUCUUCCUCUCGCAUGCGCCUCGCGUUCCCCCCCCUCUCUGCUUCCCCUCGCACGAGCCUCACCUUUCCCCUCCUCUUUUCUUACUCUCGCACGCGCAUCACGUUUCCGCUCAACAUCUCUCCCCCUCUCAUGCGCCUCACAUUUCCCCUUCUCUCUUCCUCCUCUCUCAUGCGCCUGACGCAUGCGCCUCACAUUUCCCCUUCUCUCUUCCUCCUCUCUCAUGCGCCUGACGUUUCCCCUCCUCUCUUCAUCCUCUCUCAUACGCCUGACGUUUCCCCCCCUCUCCCCUUCCUCAGGCAUGCGCCUCACAUUUCCCCUCCUCUCUUCAUCCUCUCUCAUGCGCCUGACGUUUCCCCCCCUCUCCCCUUCCUCAGGCAUGCGCCUCACAUUUCCCCUUCUCUCUUCCUCCUCUCUCAUGCGCCUGACGUUUCCCCUCCUCUCUUCAUCCUCUCUCAUACGCCUGACGUUUCCCCCCCUCUCCCCUUCCUCAGGCAUGCGCCUCACAUUUCCCCUUCUCUCUUCCUCCUCUCUCAUGCGCCUGACGUUUCCCCUCCUCUCUUCAUCCUCUCUCAUACGCCUGACGUUUCCCCCUCUCUCCCCUUCCUCAGGCAUGCGCCUCACAUUUCCCCUCCUCUCUUCAUCCUCUCUCAUGCGCCUGACGUUUCCCCCCCUCUCCCCUUCCUCAGGCAUGCGCCUCACAUUUCCCCUUCUCUCUUCCUCCUCUCUCAUGCGCCUGACGUUUCCCCUCCUCUCUUCAUCCUCUCUCAUACGCCUGACGUUUCCCCCCCUCUCCCCUUCCUCAGGCAUGCGCCUCACAUUUCCCCUUCUCUCUUCCUCCUCUCUCAUGCGCCUGACGUUUCCCCUCCUCUCUUCAUCCUCUCUCAUACGCCUGACAUUUCCCCCCCUCUCCCCUUCCUCAGGCAUGCGCCUCACAUUUCCCCUUCUCUCUUCCUCCUCUCUCAUGCGCCUGACGUUUCCCCUCCUCUCUUCAUCCUCUCUCAUACGCCUGACGUUUCCCCCCCUCUCCCCUUACUCAGGCAUGCGCCUCACAUUUCCCCUUCUCUCUUCUUCCUCUCUCAUGCGUCUGACGUUUCCCCUCCUCUCCUUUUCCUCUCACAUGCGCCGUCCGGUUACUCGUCCUCUCGUCCUCCUCUUUACUGCGCCUCACGUUUCCCCUCCUCUCUUCCUCCUCUCUCAUGCGCCUGA